CCACUUCUCUCACUCGGGCAUCAAGAAGCCCUUUUCUGAAGUUGUCCUCCAGACGAGAGAAUCCCUAAAAAAGCCCUAUUUUCCUCUGCCACUCUCAAUCCUCGCAGGCCAUUAAUUGUUUGUUUUUUCACCUUUCAAGCUCUCUGCGCAUCUAUUUGAAAUAGAGGAGGAACAAUCAUCGGUAGUGAUGCUGACGCGCGCCCGUUGUCUUUCCUUCUUCUUCGCCAAAACCCCAAUACUUUGCCAUGUCGGCCAUACUCGCCUACGCCCACUUCUCCACGGUUGCUCUCAUCACCAUUUCAAACCCACUACCUACAGUCCCUACAUCAAAGAUCGCAUUUUUAUGAACAAAUCAGCGCAUUUCUCGAAUUUAGCUCUCUCUGCAACCAAUAAAUAUAUUCCUGAAUCGUCAGCAGCAGCAAAAACAAUGUCCAACAAAGCCAGGAAGAAGGCCAGACGAGAAUCGCCUGAAGGAGUGCUCAGAUUUAAACUAGAUAUGUGUUCGAAGCGCGGUGAUGUUGUGGAAGCUCUUCGCCUUUAUGAUGAGGCUAGGAGUCUAGGGGUUCCGCUUAGCCAGCACAAUUACAAUGUUUUAUUGUAUUUGUGCUCUUGUUCGGGGUCGAAUGGGGAUGAGAAUGUGGUGAAUUUGGCGUUGAAGAGAGGUUUUGAGAUUUUUAAGCAAAUGGGUGUUGAUGGAAUUGAGCCUAACGAGGCUACAUUUACUAGUGCGGCGAGGUUGGCCUGUGCGAUGGAGGACCCAGAAAUGGCGUUUAAUUUGGUGAAGCAGAUGAAGAGUUGUGGUAUUCCCCCCAAGUUGAGGUCGUAUGGACCACCACUGUUUGGGUUUUGUAAGAAGGGGGAUGCGAAUAGAGCAUAUGAGGUCGAUGCCCACAUGGUGGAAUCCGGUGUGGUUGCUGAAGAACCUGAGCUCUGUGCUCUGCUUGGGCUUAGUGUGGAGUCGCGGUGGGUGGACCAGGUGUAUGAGAUGAUGCACCGCUUGCGAGCAUCCGUGAGGCAGGUCUCAGAAUCAACUGCUGAGGUUGUUGAACGAUGGUUCAAUUCCGAAGAUGCUGCAGGAGUUGGGGAGGAGAAUUGGGACGUGGGGAAGGUGAGGGAAGGGGUUGUCAAAGGGGGAGGGGGCUGGCAUGGGCAAGGGUGGCUGGGGAAAGGGAAAUGGAAGGUGGGGAGGACUGAGAUGGAUGAGGCGGGUGUGUGUCAGUCGUGUGGCGAGAAGCUUGUUGGCAUUGAUAUUGAUCCAAGGGAGACUGAGAACUUUGCUAGCUCUUUGACCAAGUUGGCUUGCCAAAGAGAAGUUAAGGCAGAUUUUGUCCAGUUUCAGGAGUGGCUUCAGUGGCAUGGUCCAUUUGAUGCAGUGGUAGAUGGUGCCAAUGUGAGCCUGAUCAAUCAAAAGAGCUUCAGCUUUUUCGAGCUUAACUCUGUUGUAAAUUGCUUACGUCAAAUAAGUCCAUCAAAGCAAUUACCACUUGUUAUCUUGCAUAGAAGUCGUGUAACUGGUGGUCCUGCUCAGAAUCCCAAUAACGAGAAGUUGAUACAGAGUUGGAAAAAAUCUGGUGCACUUUAUGCUACGCCUGCUGGUUCAAAUGAUGAUUGGUACUGGUUAUAUGCUGCUGUUAAUGGUAACUGCUUGCUAGUGACAAAUGAUGAGAUGCGAGAUCAUUUGUUCCAGCUGCUUGGAACUAGCUUUUUUCCUAGAUGGAAGGAAAAGCAUCAGAUAUUGCCCAACACGGGCAUGACUUCACUUGAUAGUGUUCUUACUCAGGGCAUGAAUAUGAAGAAAAAACAUGAGGUAGAGGUUCUUUCUGCUGUUGUCGAUUCAAUUGCAAACAGUGUGGGAGCUGAUACAAUAGUAGAUGUUGGUGCUGGUCAGGUGGGCCCUGUUCUUUCUUCUUCUGUUUUCCAGUUUUGUACAUGUGAUCCUAAUGUUGAGACUGCUUAAUUUUUUUCCCUUUUUUAAUCCUUUCAUUUCCAUUUGAACAUGUUCGUGCAAUCAAUUAUUAGCCAGGCAUUAUAAGGCAUCUGAGCUGAUGCAUGCUGAUUCUAAGAGUUGAAAUAUCUUACUGCAUUUGGUUAAUCUAGGUGUAUUUUGAUGUUUAUUAGGUACAUGUGGUUUUCUAGAAUGAUUUUAACUGUUUAAGUUGCCAUUUCGUGCUUGUAGAAUUGCAACAAUUGAUAAGAAUUUUGAGGAGCUGCUUCAGCUUUUGUUUGUAUAUUGUCCUUUGAGAGGAAAUGUGUGUUCUUUGAUUUGCUCAUUCUCUCUUUUUGGGAUCAAUCAUCCUUCUUUUCACAGCCCCAUUAAUCUCUUCACUCUCUCUCUCUGUUUCUCUCUUCCUCUUAUUAAUAAACAGGUACAGUUUUAUAGUUUUUACAAUAAAUGUAACGAAAAGGAACUAUUUUACUCUGUCUGAAUUGCAAAUCUGAAUGAUUUAAAUUGCCUCGAUUAACCAAUGAAAGAUUAAAUCAUAUCAUUCCUUAUCCUUGGACUUGUUUAGGUCCACUAAGUUAAAUGAAACAAACCACAACAGAUAGUGAUACUUCAGUAUAUGACCACCUGGAGAGUAGUAAAAGAUCAAUUGUUAACAAUGAUGGGAAAACAAGCUACUGUAAUGUAUCUAUAGUAAUAUAGAACCAUGUUUAGAACAUUGAAAAUGGAGGAACACUGGAAACACCUAGGUUGAAGUAGCAAAUCAUAUGGAACAUGAAGCAAUAAUAAAGACAUAAAGUAACUGCUCCCACAAUAGAAGGAAUGACUAUCACCUGUCCCAGACAUAUUUCAUUUACCAGAAAGGCCCCUAAAAGAAAGAAAAUCUGAACUCAGUAGCUAAGAAGGACAGUGAGGGCAUAAUUAUUUUGUUAGCUUCAUUGAUUGGUUAGGCUCAAAGUAAAGGCAGGUGAUGUUUUUUGCUUCUUUCCCUUUCCCUUUGGGAUGAGCCUUUAGGCUUAUACUAUAUACUUACUAUAUACUUUGAGGGCACUGUUUUUGGUGUCUCCUCUUUUCUAUAUAUACUACUUAUCUUUACCUAUUAAAAAAAUCAAAAGUUUAAUAGCUCCCUAUGCUCCAGGAAGGAAGUCAUCUUCAACAAUAUACAGUAUGAAUCCAUAAUUUGCCUUUCAAUAUCAAUAUCAUUUUUUUUUUUUGAGAGAUUCCUUUUAAUACCAAUAUCAUAUCUUUAUCAAUUUCAGUUUUCAACUUUAUUUUCCAUGUCCAGUGGCAUUGUCUAAUUUUCAGCAUCAGUUUAAUAAUCUUUACUGUUCAGCAGAAAUAUUGUUUACUUCUCAUAAUCUUUAAAAUUCUAUCUUUUUCACUUUCUUAGCACUAAUUUCCUUUAUUGUUAUCACAUGCUUUUGGUUCAGUAUAUCAAUUUCACAUCUACACAUUCACAAUUCAACACAUCUAGCUUAUUACAUUUUUGGUUCUUAGUUUUAACUUCAACUUAGUGGGCUUUUACAGUUGGUUUGACUAGUCUAAGUAGAAUGUAUAUUGGUGUGCUAAAGCUUACUGACUGAUCCAGAUGCCCUGACUUGGAGACAUAUAAAGUGAGUAGCACUGAGUGGUGGAAUGUGAUCUACUGGCUUCUAAUCAAUUGUUUGUUUAUUCAAUGUUCGGUGCUGUCAGCAGAGGCAAAGAGGUUUGCUUUGGUUUUCCUGUGAGGGAAAGUCUGGGGGGUGCACUUUGGCUGUUAAGCUCUGUAGUCUUGGGGUGGUCAUUCCAUCCCAAAGGGACAGGGGAGGGUUUAGCGGGAAGUUACAAUUGCUGGAGAGAACAAGACAAAGGUUUCAUUGACCCAAUCUUAUGCAGACAAAACCUGGAAAGUUUUAAGUGGAGGUAGGAAGGCUAUUUGGUUCUAGUUAGAGGAAAGUGAAAGUUCUCUCUAGAAUGGAAGCUUUAAAGUCUAGUUUGGUGGGCAAAUGUGGGGAUUUUCGUGACCCAGUUCCUGACCUGGGUGGUUUAAAUACUUGGGUUGUUGAGAACUGGCAGUUGCAUGGAGUGUUGUCGAUUUCCUUGUUUGGGGUUUCUCUUAUUUUGUUUGAUUUUGAGGUUUCCUCGGACGCUUAUGCAAUGUCAAAUAGGGGGUUGAGAUGGUUUGAAAAUAAACGUUUGCUUCUUAACAGAUGGGCCCCUGAGGUGGGGUGUUUUCAAAGUGGGUUUUAUACUAAUGAAGUGUGGGUUAGAUUGCUUGGUCUCCCUUUGCAUCUGUGGAGCAAGGAUUCGUUCAAAUUGGUACCGACAGUUGUAGAGGAUUCUUUGCAGUAGAUGAAGUUAAUACUAAAAAUCUCAAUAGCCAAUGGGCCAGAAUUCUGGUAUGAUCUAAUGGAAGGAAAGUGUCGGGCUCCCUACAAGUGGUUGUAGGUUUUCUUUGCUUCGCUAUGCAGUUGUGGUGGAAGGUUCCACCAUGGAUGUCUCAGCUAGUACUCAAAGGAAAUGAAAAUGAAAGUUGAAAGGAAGGUUCAAAAGAAAGAACACUUCCAUCAAUUGUUGCAUUUUUCAGUUUGUAGCUCAGAGAGGCAAACUGUCUAAAAGCACUGCAGACGAACCCAGGUCUAUUCCAGUAGAGUAGCAAAUCAAAAUCCUUCCCAUGUCCUGGAAACUAAAAGCGGAGGAACAUGGCAAGUCAUUUGUAAUGGACCUUGUACAUCUACACCUAUCAAGCGUCUAGUUUUUUUAUCUGGAGUUCCAUGACAGAACAUUAUAAUAAGCUCUCCCAUUUGAAAAAGGGUAAAGAGGCAAAGAAAACAAAUAUGGUUGUUUCAAGAUAAUAUAGAUAUGCUCCCCCAUAAAGCAGUUCAAAGUUCAGAGGGAAGAGACAGAGUGAACAAGAAAAUCUAGCUUCUCUAAACUGACUCCGAUCACAAUAUGCCCUUGCCCUUUAAGCUUUCUUCACUGGACAAGGUGCCACAUCUGCUUCUAAUUCAAUUAAGCGUUCAAGCAUGCAGGUAACACAUCCAACAAUAUCACUAGUUCUUGAGACUUCCUUUUCAAGAAAUCAUUUUUUUCCAGCUUUGUCAAAUUUCACGAUGAGUCUGCAUCAACUCAGAACAUCUGCAUCAACUCACUGCCACUGCCGCCACUUUGACUAUUAAAUCCCACUACAGGCAUGGAGCAGUGUGCAAAAUCCAAUAACAGCUUUUUCUAGUGCUCAUUGGUAUGUGGAAGACUUGCAAGAGCUCGACUAACAUCUUUCUACUGAUGGCUCUAGCAGCAUCUGCCCUCACCGCGGCCAUGUUUGAAGAGGGCCUGCAUGAGCAAUGACUGCAUGAUACCAUCAUAUUUGUUUAAGCAGUAUUUUGUAAGAAGGCCAAAGAAUUCAUCGAAAGAGGCCUGCCACAAGGCUCGAUUAUUCAUAUUGCAGUUUCCAGCAACAUGAGGAUCGAUUAAAAUUUCAGUUGCCAUCUCAAGCACAGAUUUUAGUAUUACAGAAGCUCCAUCACCAGUAGAGCUUCCACGGGGACGGAAGGGAGGUUGCUUUGACGAACAAACCACUACUGUAAGACAAACACUUACAGCACUGAGAUCCAUUCCACGAACACACGAGGAAACGACCCUUGAGAGGUUAAUGGUUGUUUCAGUCGCUCCAGAAUCAGAGGGUAGGACACUAAAUAAAAAUCUUAAAUGGCGAAAAAUAUAUAGACUAUUCAAAUGAGCUCUCCGAUUGGAAAGAGUAGCUGGAGAUACUUUUGAGAGAAGCUUCCUACCCUUGGGAAUUGAAACUAACCGUAGGAACACAAGAUCAUCCUUGGGGGCUAGCCCAUCAACGUGAGCAUGCUUCCCAAGCUGGUCAACCAACUGAAGUGAUGUUGCGAGUCCCUCCAGUAGGGUCUGCCAUCUCCGCCUCAACCGGGUCCCGCCAUCUUGGAGCUAAUUGAAUUGUAAAAAUCGAUCUGUGUCAUCCACAUCAAGGAGAAGACAAAGACCAUCCUCAAGGGCGACCCUUGCUGCAAGCAUCGAUUCCUGUUCCAGGGCCCAGCAACAGAUGACUUUGGAGGGUCAACUUCAAGAAGAGGACGGGGUAUGCGGAUGGAUGACAAUGGAACCCUUUCAAGAGCAUCAACCUGGAGAAAAGCAUGUGGCUCAAUGUUUGCACGGGCUCGGGGUGGGAGUUCCCUAAGGUGAGUUGGGCAUAAAUGGUGCUUUAACCUUGCUUGAGAAGAUUUUUUUGCAAGACAAGCCUGAUAGUAAUAAUCAUCCAUGUAUGGAUCAUUGCUGUGCGUUGCAGCAAGCUGCAUUCUAAGGAUAGUUUCAAUUUCAUCAGCUGUCAAUAUUCUUGGAUCUGAACUAUGGCCACCCAACAUCACUCUUCUAACUGCUAGUAUAAAAGCCCUAUUGAGACAAGCAUGAUUCGGUCUA